AUGGAAUCGAUGGACGAUUAUGAAAUUUAUUCGAUUGAUUUGACUAAUUAUUCAUUCUCAGUUCCAUUGAGAUUAACAUACAAUCAAGCGUACGAAACGGAUUUGGAAUGGUCUUCUGAUGGAUCGGUUUUUUUUACAGUUACCGAGAAUGGAUCUGUUGAUGAUGUAUACAAGGACACCCAAGGACGACUCUACUCUUUGAGUGCUGCUAAUAAUCGAAUUGAACGUUGGGCGCAUAAUUUUAAGGGUAAUAUUAAAGAAUUCGCCUUAUUAGACGAUGGUCGUAAUGGUGCUAUUAUUCUCGGUCAACUGGGUACUGAAAUUCAAAUUUAUACACAAAAAUCGGUGCAUGCUGAAUUAAUUAAGCAAACAGGCUGGAACGGGACUUAUGAAUCUAUUCGGGUAGUAUCAAAUGGUAACCACUCCACCAUCGCCUUUAUUUAUUCAUCAUUCGAUUUACCUCAAGAAGUUUAUUUCAUUCAUGAUAUUGAUCGACUCACAGAAGCUCAAGCGAUUACUAGGGAAAAUAAAUUAUUUACCGAACGAAAUCUACCCAAAGGUACCAUCUAUCGAUGGCUUAAUGAAGAUGAUAGAACAGAGGUCGAAGGCGUUCUCUUAUAUCCUCCGGAAAAAUACCAAGAAAAAAAUUUACCACUUCUAGUACUCAUUCACGGUGGGCCUUAUGAUGCAGAUUUGAAUGGUUUUCGAGCUGAUUGGUAUUACUGUGCUACGAUGAUGGCCACAGAAGGAUGGCUUGUGCUACAACCGAACUAUCGUGGAUCUACCGUCUGCAAUGUUUAUAAUUUGUCAGGUUAUGGUGAUGAAUUUUUGGAUGGUGUUCGGAUUCAAAUGCUAUCGAGACCUGGUAAAGAUAUUCUAUUUGGUGUUGAUGCACUAGUACGAGAUGGUAUUGCUGAUCCGACAAGAUUGACUAUUGGUGGAUACAGUUACGGUGGAUAUCUGACGAAUUGGUUGAUUACUCAGACAACUCGAUUCAAUGCUGCUCUCUCUGGAGCCGGUGCUGUUGAAAAUGUUGCUGAUUGGGGAGUUAACGAUCUACCAAUAAUGAAUGCGUAUACUUUAGGUGGCCUUCCAUGGGAACAACCUAAUCAUUAUCAUGAUGAAGCUGCUAUAUAUCAUAUGGACAAAGUUUGUACCCCCACUCAUAUCGUGGUAGGCGAAGAUGACAUACGUGUUCCUGCGGUAGAGAAUUACAUAUUAGAACGAGCGCUUAGUGUAGUAGGCGUUCCAACAAAAUUGAUCAUCUUUCCAGGUGAAAGUCAUGUCAUUCAAGAUAACCCGUGGCAUGAAAAAAUUAAAGUUCGAGAAGAAAUAAAUUGGUUGCAUAAAUAUGGUAACAUUCGUCCAUCUGCAUGUAAUCGAACUGUAGUUUCUAAUGCAAAUAUUGAAUACGUUCGACAACGUACAUCAAACUUUGUUCUUUCACUUUUUGUAAUUCUGUUCUUUGUGAUAUUUUAG